CAAACAGAGUUCAACAGUUCCGGUCAUGAUGCGCGGGGUGUGGCGUCCGGUCAAGUAUCCGCCUCCCAUCAUUUCAGGUAUCUGAGGGUGCAAAAGUCCGACAUUCCACUCUUGAUUGACUCGAUUUCUGGGCGGAAAGGUGGGCGGGUCAGUAGUGCACCAUGAUUUAUCCUUCGGAAUUAAGCCGUUUGAUUUUGGGCCAUCUGGAGGCGGACCCGGCCUUGACCGAGUCCGCCCGUACCUUUGUGGAGCACUGCCCGCAUCUGAACGAAGUCGUGAGCUUUCGACGACAAUAUCCGACCCGGAAAUCCAACUUGAAAUGGCGAGGCCGAGAUCUCGUCCAUCUGACCGACCAAUUUUCAGAGUUUGUCGAUGAGAUAGACGAAAUGAUGGAGGAGCUCAAGGCCAAAGACAGUGCCCAACCCUUAUCCGGCCUCUCGCCCUUUACUUGGAAAGACUCAGACGAUCCCGUGGUCCUGUUACGUCAAGUCAAGACGUGUCUCUGGGCCCUGUGGGACAAAUUGUUUAUACUCACGCCCGCUUCGGAUCCACCUUUACCCAGCGAAGGCAUUUUCAAUGCUCUCAUAAUGGAAGCGGCCAAUCCCGCCUCAAAAAAGAAACAGACUGCCCGCCCAGGGGGUGCCCGGGUCGAGGUCAAACCCGUGCCUCGCGGUCAUCCCGUCAAAAUCAAUCAGAGUCAGAUUACUCUAACGCGGAAACAGGCUCGCGAUUCUAGAGACAAGCAAGACAAGCGAGCGGCGUUGUCGCCCAACGAACUCAAAGCAGCCGCAUUACGCGUCCAGCAUGAGCUCCGUGGAAGGCCCAAAGGUGCCCAAGUAUCUUCCCCGGUGCACCGAACUACCACCGGCUCAACUACGUCCACAUCUAGUGAUUUGAUGCCCAAUCGGCCCGAGUCUUAUCCCGAACCCAAUCCCGGAUCUAGUCUCGAGCCUAAUCCCGGAUCUAAUUCCGGAUCUAAUCCUGGAUCUAAUCCCGGAUCUAAUCCCGCUCCAAAUCCCGCUCCAAAUCCCGAACCUAGUCCUGACCCUUCCAGCGGCCAAUCGAUGCCCUCGGUCUGCGGAUUGUUGGCCUCUUCUAAUAUGAAAUCCAAUGGUUCGAUUGAGAUUGAACAACCUGCCUCCCCCAAUUCAAGAAGCUCAUCGUCCAUGCUUGUGGUUAGUGAAACGCCGGAAAAAUCGCGACGAAGUAAAUUCAAAAUCAAGCCUCCCUCGAGAAAGGUGGCUCAACCGACCAAAGUCGAUGCCUUGUCUAACCCUCUACGUAGAAUGGGCGAGGUCCUCACGCGUGGAGAUGACGAUGUUUUAAACCAAUUUGCCGCCCCCGUGGCCGAUCUUUUGAACAGUGGACCCAAUUUUAAAGAAACCCUCGACGUGGAUAUUAUCGACAAUCUGUUAAACCUUUUGGACGAUUUUGAUUUUCAAGGACCCUCCUCGUUGAAUGGGAAAGAGAAACCUCGAGAUUUGAGUAGUAUUAAUAGUCUGAAUAGUCGUGAAACGGUCUUGAAGACUCCAAAAAAGGAAAACUCGGUCCAAGAAAGGAUUCAAACGCUUUCACCCUCGCCGUUUGAGCAUCAAGAGGCUUUUAAUUCAGGCGAAACUGAUGACCCUCCGAGAAUUGAUGAACUGGGUGGCUCUGACACUCCGGCUCCAUCCCCAAAUACUACAUCGUCAAGUCAAUCGCCAACUCUAGCUCCAAUGCCAGCUUCGACGCCAGCAAAGGCAACUCCAAAGCCAACUUCAACGCCAGCACCACUUCCACCUCAAUUGUCAGUACCAGCACCUAAACCGGUUCCAAUACCAAGUCCCACUCCUGCUCCAUUUUUGACUCCAGGUCUUACCUUGGCUCCGGUUCCGUCCUUGGCAUCGGUUAUGUCUAUGGCGCAGGUUCUUUCUUUGGCUCCAUCUUUGGCUUCGUUUUCAUCUUUGGCUCCGGUUCUACCUUUGACUCCGGUUACAACGUUAGCUCGGGUUUCAUCCUUGACCACGGUACCGUCUGUGGCUUCCGUCCCGUCCUUGGCUCCAGUUAUGUCUUUGGCUCCUGUCCCAUCUUCGACCUCAGUUCCAUCUUUAGCUCCGUUUCCAACUUCGACUUCAUUUUCAUCGUUGGCGCGGGUCCCGUCAUUGGCUCCGCCCCGGGGUCUAAUUCCUUCAAAGCCUUUGGAAACUUUUGAAUUCGAUGAUAAAUUUGUUACGGUGGAGUACGUUAAGCAAGACAAUAACCCCCCAACAACCAAUAUUGGGUCAUUGAUCCAGCCACAAACCACGGAAUUAGUCAUAACAGUGGUUCAAAAUCCGCCACCUCCCCAGACCAAAGCUGAAGCUCAACCCCCGGAAAAGAAACCAUCGUUCGCGUGGAAAAGAUUCAACUCCGUGAUCGUGAGCCCAAAUGAUAUUCAGGUUUUUGACAAUACUAGGCAAUCGAUGGACCGUGGAAAUGUCCUGAGUGGCAUCAGUAGCUCUGGUGUGAAUUUGAAAACACCUCAAUCGGCUAGUUGGACCAUUUCCGGGUCAAAAUUGUUAAAUGGAAAGCUCUCUCCAGGCAAGGCUUUAAAUGAGGCUAGUGCGAAGUGUUUGAGUAUCCCAACGUCCAAAGAAUUCUCAUCCAAUCCCAAUCCCAAUCCUCCUCAUUCUCCUCAUCGUCCUUCGCCCAAAAUCACGGCUGCUCCUCCGCGAUUAACUCGGAAGAGAAACGAACCGGAUUUCUCGCAUAUCGUCGAGGCCAAGCGAAUGCGAGAAGCCGAGAAGCGCGUGGUCAAGUCCCCUCCAAUUCGCACCUCCAAGACCAUCACACGGUCUAAAGCUAAGGCCUGUAUGAAAGAAGCGUUGCUCAAUUUCAGAGUGACCUCUUCCGUGGUUUUGGCCGCGGAAUCAUGCUACUGCGACGAGUUUAAUUAUACAGGUAAUCCUGAAGGCGCCUCCACGGCUUCUAUACUCACUCACCUUGCCCGCGCUCGCCUGCAAGCCCCUCCUUCUGCUCCUCCUCUUGCACCUCCACCGCCUCAACCGGCAACAACCGACAUGUAUCCUCGGGAGGAAAUUCUGAUUUUCGAUGCUGACACGGGCAAACAGAUCAAUUUCAAAGGUGAUGAUAUGUCCAUGUUUGAAAUUGUUGAACCCACCAGUAACAUGGUGGUGGAGAUCGAUGCCGAUGGAAAUCGCAAGCUUCAAUUUGAACAACCGCCGUCUCCAUCCACGGGUUCGAUCAUACGAAGUGCCACGGAAAGUCUGCUUAACCCUGAUCAUGAUUACGCACCCCUGGAACUUCCCUACAAAGAAACUGCACCAUCUAGCGCAACAUCUCAGGGCGUUGAUCCUCAUCAUCAACCAAUCGUCGUCAAUCAAGGCCCGGACAUUGUGGCCAUGAGCUUCUCCGAUGCCAUGAAUGGAUCUCCACUGAAAGUUGCCUCGCCCGGCGCUUUGCCCCUGGAGAAAACGCCGAGUCCGACCAAGAAGAAAAGUCCGAAGAAAUCGCCCCUGAAAAGACACAUCCGCGCGGCGGUCACCCCGCAAAAGCCAAGCACACCCAUGCGGUUGACGCCACGCAAAUGUGACUUGUCUUUUACCACGCCGAGUAAGUUGACCUUUCAAACCCCGGACAAACAUGGAGUUACUCCUACUCGUCGGUGUUUGUCGAAUUACAUCACGCCUUAUAAGAGUGAGGGCGAAGGAUCCUUGAAUAGUAGUGUCUCGAUUGAUACGCCUACCUACAAGCCCCCCGAGGUGUCGCAACACACGCCAGCCAAGGAUGCGCCCCAAAUAAACGGCAGUCCUUACUUUACACCCACUAAGACCAAGAAGAGUCCCAAAGAAUGGAAAAAAGAAGAUAACAUGCAGGACACGCCCGGACUUCGGUUCCUGAUUGCGGACGUGGAACGGUUCUCCAGUGGAGCGAGUGCGAGCGAGGAUUCCAUGUCACCUUCUCGCUUUGCGCGGAAGCGGGAACGAGUCUUGAAUUCAUCGAAACAGCGAUCAGCUCGAGUUCGAGAUGGAGCCGCGACUUCGAUUAAAGGUCCCGACGAUGCCCGCCGAAACAUCGGCUUGGAGAUCCAAGACGACACAGAUUCGGACAUGGAUCAUGCCCAGAGCCCUACUCGACACCGAACCGGCAGAACCCCCCUGAAGAAGUCCUUGGGACAAGCUCUUUCGCGUGAUAUCGUCAAGAAGAAGCUGGAGCUCUUGAAACAGACUCCCCGGACGAGCUCGCCCCUGAGAACGGAGACCAAUCAUUUGGAUUUCAGUGACACGGAGCUGGAAGUACAGCAGUCGGGUGAAAAGAAGAAGCAUGGGGAACACCGUGUACUUCUUGCCAUCACCAAGCCCAGUCCGUUUAAGACACCGGAGAAAUCCCCCUCUCACACGCCGAAAUCUUCGCCCGUAAAGCCUCUAAAACCAGUUAGACAAAUCAAUUUCGACAUUGGGCUCCAGAAACCCAUUGAUUCCAAAACCCCGGAGAAGGGUGCCCGGAGGCGAUCUCCCAGAUUGUCGCCCAAACAAGAAGCUCCAACCACCACCCCACCUUUACAGCAGUUACCAUCCCCGCGCAAAUCUCCCAUUUUAGUACUUCAAUCCCCGAAAAAAUCGAUAUCACCUUCACAAUCUACAAAUUCCACAGGAUCGGCUAGCAAGACUUCAGCAUCCCCCCUAAGAGUGCUCAAAACCCCAGAGAAGAAGCCCUUAGUCCUAGCCAAGACGCCUCCGGAAGAACCGAGCCCUUUCAAGGUUCCCACAGGACUUCCACCACGAUCUCCGAGUCGAAAACGCUUAAUGAACACAUUCUCGGCGUGCUCUUUCAGUCCCAAAGCGCUCGCAUCCCCCGUGUUAUCUCCUUCCAAGAGGAAACCAAAGCGUGUUCCACUCAUGAGAGUGGAGCGAAGCUCUCCGUGGAAACGUGAAUCGAGUCAAUCUCGAUGGGAAAAGCAACACGACGUCAACAAUCUGGAUAACUAUUCCCAACGCUCGCAGAAGUUUCUAUUGGACCAUAGCCUGAUCAGCAAUAGCGAUGGCACACCCAUGACUUCACCGAUGUCCUCCAGCGAUGACAAAGCGAUUCAGGGGCAAUCCACUCCAAUCCUUAGGAAAAAGACAGCACAAGGAGCGUUAAAAUCGCCUCCGUUGGAUGUGAACAUGGAGAUUGUCCUACAAGUUCAAAAUAGUCCCAAGAAAUCGGUUAAUCCCAAGACGCCUUCCAAGGUCAGCGAACCAGCCAAAGAUAAUGACGUUUGGAGUGCUUUGGGGCUGGUCCCUAAAACUGUCAUUGACGGGGGUCAUUUUAGUAGCAAGGAUGCGGCGGAUCUGACGCCUCAAUUGGAGGUGACGCCAACUUUGACGUGUCUUCAUGUGACUGAGGUGAAGCGUUCAGAUUUCACACUUGAAUUGUGAACGGAAUAAAAGUUAUUCAUCCUGA